AUGACCACCACAUUACAUGAUCCGGAAAAGGAUUCUUUUCCGCCAGAAGAAACCAAAAACCACAGUCGCGGGGAGGAACGGAGCAGCAGCAGCCAAUCGAGCGACAGCGAAGAUGAGAUUACAGAAAUUGGCCGGAGGAACGGAGACCGGUCCCGCAAGUCUGCCGAGGCCGAGGCCGAUGCCGACUCGGAGGGGGACGGGGAGGUGGAGGGAGAGGAGGGGGACCCAUCAGCCGGCGACGCCCCGGCAAGAACGCGGUCCCGGGCCUCCUCCACCCGCUCCCACGCCCUGUCCAUCGUAGCCCGAUCUAAACGGCGCGGGUUUCUCGCACAGCUGACCACCAUCCCGGAAGUGGAUAAUCCGUAUAAUUAUACCAACAAGACGAAAUGGACAAUCACCUUGAUCAUCGCUCUCGCCGCGGCCGUAUCACCCAUGGGCUCAUCCAUCUUUUAUCCCGCCCUCACCGAGAUGUCCAAAGAAUUCGGCGUCACCCCCACAAUCACCAACCUCUCGGUAGCAUUCUACAUGCUCGCCAUGGCAAUCUUCCCCCUCUGGUGGUCCUCCUUCUCCGAGACCCUCGGUCGCCGCACAAUCUACCUCCUUUCCUUCACCCUCUUCGUCCUCUUCUCCAUCCUCUCUGCCGUCAGCGUGAACAUCGAGAUGCUCAUCGUCAUGCGCCUCCUCGCCGGCGGCGCCAGCGCCAGCGUCCAGGCCGUCGGCGCGGGAACCAUCGCCGACAUCUGGGAGCCGCGCGAGCGUGGCCGGGCCAUGAGCAUCUUCUACCUCGGGCCCCUCACGGGUCCCUUGCUCGCGCCCAUCAUCGGCGGCGCGCUGGCGCAGCGGUUCGGGUGGCAGUCGACCAUGUGGACGCUCGCCAUCUACGGCGGGCUCGUCCUCGUCAUGAUUCUCUUCUGUCUGCCCGAGACCCUCGCGCGUCCCAGACCUGCUGCCGCCGUCGUGGCACCACAGUCUCAACUCGCAUCAGAAGGCACCGAAAAGAACGCCCUCGCUCGCACGAAAACAACCGAAUCCGUAAAAGUUCACUCCAAAAAAGCAGCCGCUUUCUUCAAAAAAUCCUUCAUCGAUCCCCUCUCCGUCCUGCUGUACCUCCGCUUCCCCCCCGUCGCCAUAACAGUCUGGUUCGCCGCCGUCACGUUCGGCGCCCUCUUUGUCGUCAACAUCUCCGUCCAGGCCACCUUGUCCCAAGCCCCCUACGGCUUCAGCGAGCUCAUUAUCGGCCUCUUUUACUUCCCCGCCGGCCUGGGCUACUUCCUCGCCUCCCUCCUCGGAGGGCGCUGGCUCGACGUCAUCAUGGCGAGGGAGGCUCGUAAGGCGGGCCGGUACGACGCCGACGGGAAACUGAUCCUGCUGCCGGAGGACAGGAUGCGCGAGAAUAUUUGGAUCGCGGCGACGGUGUACCCGGCUUCACUCAUUUACUACGGCUGGGUGGUGGAAAAGGGCCUGUUUUGGUUCGUGCCGUGUAUCGGUCUCUUCACGUUUGGCGCCAGCUCGAUGCUCGUCUUUGGCGCCGCCACGACCAUGCUAACCGAGUUCAUGCCCAAACGGAGCUCGGGAGGCGUGGCGGUCAACAACUUUGUCAGAAACAUUUUCAGUUGCAUUGGUGCGAUUGCGGCGCAGCCCGUUAUCAACGCCAUCGGCAACGGGUGGCUCUUUACGAUACUAGGCAUCUUUGCGUGGGUGUCGGGCUAUAUCUGCGUCUGGACCCUCAGGAAGAAGGCCCCCGAGUGGAGGAAGAGCAUGGACGCGGCGUUGAACAAAUGA